AUGAGCACCACAGUACCGCUCGUAGGCCGCCUGGUCCCGCUUCGGACCAAGGAUGAAGUACGCGCCAGUCUGGAAACUACGACUGUUUACGUGGUCGAGGUUCCGGCCAAGUUUGCCAAUACCGUCAAGGAUGUCGUGCAAGCAGCCAUCCCGGAGUUCAAGACGUCGGAGAUUUCUCAUCUGAGACGCGUGGUGCAGUUCAAGUAUCUGCCGCUGCACUUGCAAAAGCAAUUCUAUCCUGCCGCGAGGCUUCCGAGAGGUGAUGACGAUGAUCCUGCCUUGACAUCAUCAUCUACAUCCCCCUCGUCGCUGCCUUGUCCCAACUCCAUUCCUCCGUCUUCAUCUGGCGGGGAGGCUGCUGAGACAACUUUUGCUAAGGAUGUGAAAAUAGUGCGCUACUUUUUGCUGUGCCAGACGCGAUAUAUCCAGCAUGAGACCCUCGUCAAACUUGUUCGAACCUGUCCUCCUUUCAAUAACAAGACCGCCCCACCUCGCAUCUUCAGCGUGACCGUGCCAGCACUUGCGCCCAUUUCUGCAGAGCAGGCUGCCCAGUGGAGUGAUGAGUACUGGCCCAUUUCAUACAAGAAUACUAAUCCCUAUGGGCCGCACCCUAGCCUUGUUCAGCGUAAUACGGAUGAGAUCCAGUCAAAUGCCGGCACCUGGCUCGCGCUCGCAAAGCUUGCCGGCAAGCAGAUAGCCGAGCUGUCGGUUGGUGAGCCGCUGGGCGUCACAGUGGUUGACCACACCAAGCCUACGCCAGAAAUCAUUGCCGUCGCAGGCGACUGUCGUUGGAGAUCUCCUACUGGCGCCGUCGAGUCACACUCGGGCACAGGCAAUGUCAUGGCUCACGCUGUCAUGCGCGCCAUUGCCAUGGUGGCCAAGAAGCGUCUUCGCGUCGCUGGCACCGACCCGGCCUACCUUGACCGUUCCCUCUUUUGCGACAGCCCUCUCACACAAGUUGAAAAGACGUAUUAUGUCAAGGACAAUAUCGCGUCGAGUGGGUACCUCUGCGUCGACUUGGAUAUUUACCUGACGAAUGAGCCCUGUGUCAUGUGUUCCAUGGCCAUAUUACAUUCUCGGUUUCGGCGCUGCGUCUUUUCCAAGCGCAUGCCGCACACAGGCGGUAUGACUUCUGAUGGUGCUGGCGACUCUUCACCCUCGGGCACAGGCCUCAAGCACGGCUUGUUCUGGCGACCGAGCGAACUCAACUGGAAGUUUCUGGCAUGGGAGUUCCAGGAAGACGCCAAAGAGGCAGAGAACGCGAAGACAUUCAAGGAUACUUUGCAGGUUUAA